AUGAAUUCCCUCUUAGCAUCAGUCAAUUUAAUUGAUUUUGAUAAGACUACACGUUUCUCUCUCACAGCAUCAAAUCAAUACAUUCUUAUAUCGAAUUUUUUUAAAUUAAAAUUGUUUAAUAAUCAAUUAGAAUUAUUAACAAAUAUUAAUUGGAAAUUAAAAAAUGGUUUAAUAUUUGAUGUUCGUUAUUCAACAUAUACAAAUAGCUUUCUGAUUUUAACUGAAACUGGUUUAUAUUCGUUUAAUCCAUUAACAUUUUUUAUUAAUAAAAUUGUACAGAUCCGAGAAUUUUUCAACUGUGAUCCGAACUAG